AUGGACAAGAAAAUAAAAGAAAGUGGGGGGCAGAGCCAAGCAGCCCAGCAGCCCAGACGUGUCUGGAUAGAGCUCCCACGUCUGGAGAGGGAAAACGGGUUACAACGCCGGAACACAACCACUUACAGCCAAAAGCCCACAGUACCUUUACUCAGGGGGGCUACUGAUUCGAACCGCGCCCCUCACGAGCCCCUGCAUAGCCAAUCUGACGGCACGAGGCUUCUGCCUACCUGGGACCGAGCAGCGGAGAGACAGCCGCUCUCCGGGGCAUCAGCGGGGACGGGAGCCGCAGCAAGAAACUUCCCCCCUCCCCCCCUCAACCGGCGGGGGUUAUCAAGAAGCUUGACUCGCCUGUUUCUCCCCACCGCUGCAAAACACACGGACAAGCCACAAAAUCAAGAUG